GGCUCGCGUUCAAUUGCAUGUCAAUCGCCCUCGUCCUGCAGAGAGACAAACGGUGUUCAUAUCCCUAGGUUAGAUCGAGACAAGUGUCCCGAACCUCCUGCCCAUGUGAACUUGGAAGCCACCGUGCUUCACAACGAGGAGGUCACCCCUUGUGAAGACGCAGAAAUUGCUGCAUCACCUUGCUAUUCUAUUCACAAAUCGCUGGACUCUGACACAAAUCAGCCUAUCACUUCGCCUCCAAAACAUGCGCAAUCGAUCAAUGGCCAAAUGUCAGCGCCACCCACUUCGCACUCCCCCUCCCCCCAUCCAACCGCGGACGAAACAAGUCGAAUUUUCGCAUGCGGAAAUACGAAGCUUACGGGAGCCCGACCCAAGCAGCGGACCCGAAGAGCCCGUCACUCGAUGUGCUGGUUCUGAUUUUGAGAACACCAAUACCAACUCACCCUCCAACGCUCAUUGUCCAUGGCGCUUGAGCGGGACAACGCUAUCUAUUGAUAUUCACGAAGCUGAACAUAUUCCAAUCUUCGUUGGUUACUCCACCUUUCGGGUGGUCGAUGGCCAACUGUUCCAGACUAUGACGCUGUCCCAGGGGAAUGUUGAGUUGGCUCCCGCGAAGAGACCAGUAUAUCACCCGGUGGAACGGGACUCUUCCGCUGAGAAUAAAAAGAAAACCGGUCGACCCCCUUCCAACCGGGGUUCGCUUUCACCUGACGAAGAACGAAAGCUUGUUAAGCUACGGGAUGAGGGAUAUACGUGGAAUGAGAUCGCCAUCCAGUUUCCGCAUAAGAAGAAAGGUACUCUGCAGAGCAUCUACUACAGCCGACUAAAGAACUCCAGAGACCAAGCUUCUCCAGUCCAUGGACAUUCAAAGCGCCGUCGGCCGGUCUACAAUAGCCUCAAUAACAGGGUGAACGGUGCAUCACACAGCACUAGCGAUUCUUAUGUUUAUAGGACACGAUUGGAGCCGAUGAGCCACCCGCGGUACUCUUUCCGGGCCCGACGUCGUCCGCGAUCUUAGUGGUACCUAUAUAUUGCCAACCGAUAGCUACGGCCAUCAACUUCGCACAAUUCGUGAAGGCAUGUAUUCACUCAAGAUAACGAAUUGUACAUAACACCCUUUGGAAUACGAAUGAAAACUCGACUCCUGCAGGGGACCGUCUUUGUUAGAGCUGCCACCCACUUUAUACAGUUCUUGACUGGUGUUGAUCCAACCUCCACCCUAGCACUCUGCGCAUUCUCAAUCUGCGCUUAUGAAUUCCGCAUCCGUUUAGUCGAACUUUGGGUCAUGACCUCAACAUUAUGGCAUCAAUUGGAACGAACCCCUACUUACAGCUUUUAAAAUAUGAUAUCGGCCGCCCCAAUCUAAUCUUCGCAUUGAAGUUCACUACCACAGCGCCAUGGAA